UAAAUACCGAACCCAAACGAGAAACGACUACCCGCACUCCAACCAAACGCCUCGGAGACCCUGCGGACCCCGUCGUUUUCGGCGCUCUGUCGUCCUUCUUUUUUCUCCUCCUGUGCAGAAAGACAAUGGGGUUCGUCUCCUUCCUCGGCCGCGUCCUCUUCGCCUCCAUCUUCAUCCUCUCUGCUUGGCAAGCGUUUAAUGAAUUUGGUGUUGAUGGUGGCCCCGCUGCAAAGGACUUGGCUCCCAAGUUUAAUGUGUUCAAGAAAAAUUUGUCCGCUAAGCUAGGGGUUGCAAUACCGGAGAUAGAGGAAUUUCUUGUACAGGUAAGACAUUUAGCUGCUGGUGUGGUAGCAAUGAAAGGGCUUGGAGGACUUCUAUUCGUGCUUAACAGUUCCUUUGGAGCUUCUCUCCUGCUUCUACAAUUGGCAAUUACCACUCCCUUUAUCUAUGAUUUCUACAACUACAGUCCUGAGAACGCCAAAUUUGGCAUACUCCUAAACGAAUUCUUGCAGGAACCUCGUUUGCUGAGAUUCAACUUUCUUUCUACAGCACGCAGCGCUUUUUGGUGCACUGCUUUUCUUCAUUGGCAUGAAGAACUCAAUUCCAAAGAGGCAAGUCAAAAAGAAGGCUGCCCCAAAAACCAAAACGGGUUAGAAGUAUAUCAGAGGGGUAAUAGAUCUUCAUGAAGCGUUCGAAGUUUAGGCUGUCGAAGUGGCUGCUGCUCCGUAUACAUGUGACGGGGAUGUUAAUCUGCUUAUCAUCGCCCCUGUAAUUUUAUUCGAAUGUUCUUUGGUAGGAUUCAUUACUUUGAUUAUUCCCUGUUGCGGGGUUGAGUUAUACUGUUUACUUCAAGAUAUGAAUUGGUUGUGGCCUAUGGUUUCCUUUGUUCACAAGUCAUGCAAUCUACUUUUGCUAAAUGAAAUUAGAAUUUCUUCAUCAGAA